AUGUCAUCCUCUGUUCACUUCAAGUUCAAGUCUCAAAAGGAACCCUCCCGGGUGACAUUUGAUGGCACCGGUAUCUCUGUCUUCGAACUGAAACGAGAAAUCAUCAAUCAGAGUAGACUGGGUGACGGAACCGACUUUGAGCUGUCGAUAUACAACGAAGAUACUGGAGAAGGUAUCUUGUCGCUGUCAGCGCGGAGAGAGAGUCAAGACGUGGUAGCGCUAACGGAAUCCUCUACCCUCCUAGAAUACGACGAUGAUACUACUAUCAUACCUCGGUCUACAUCGGUUAUAGCUCGCAGGCUUCCAGCGUCGCGUCCUGGGAAGGGCGGUGCGGCUCGUUAUGUGUCCGGUAAAAUGCCUGUCAACGCGCGCCCUACCGGCCGCAGCGACUUUCCCUCGAAUCGAACAAUGCCCAACUCCAGCGGCACGGUUAGCAGCGGCGUUAUCGAACUGAAUAAUGCCCAGACCGAAGAAGACAAGAUCAAUGCUCUUUUCAAUCUGCAGGCCAACCAAUGGAAAGAACAACAGCAAGAGAUGGCGAACGCCACACCCGUCCCUUUCGGCCGUGGGAGGGGAAAGCCUGUAAAUGUUCCUGAUCACCCACCUCCACCGGGGUAUCUUUGUUAUCGCUGCCGUGAAAAAGGCCACUGGAUCCAGGCGUGUCCAACAAAUAAUGACCCAAAGUUUGAUGGCAAGUACCGAGUGAAACGGUCGACAGGGAUCCCUCGUUCUCUCCAAACGAAGGUUGAAAAGCCAGAGUCUAUCUCAAUGGAUGGCUCAAACGAGGACUUGAGAAAUACAGGCAUUAUGGUAAAUGCCGAUGGUGAUUUUGUCAUCGCUAAACCAGACAAGGCAGCUUGGGAAUUGUAUCAGGAAAAGGCAAAAGCAAGUGCUGCAGCUGCAGCAGAAGCGGCAGCUGCAGAAUACAGUAAAGAAUUGCAGUCGCGUGGUAUAGAGUGUCCAAUUGACAAGCGGAUAUUCCUGGAACCCACAAAGACGCCAUGUUGCCAACGUACUUACUGCAAUGAUUGUAUUACCAAUGCAUUGAUUGAAAGUGAUUUUGUCUGUCCCGGAUGCUCAACUGAGGGUGUUCUGCUUGAUAACCUUACCGUGGAUGACGAGUCCGCUGCGAAGAUAAAGGCCUAUGAAGCCGAAAAGGCGGAUUCGAAGAAAGAGAAGGAAAAGCAGCAAGCAAUUCAGGAGGAACAACCGGCAAAUCGACAACCUGCUGCGGGUGAGACUUCGAAUACACCGGAGGCUUCAUCAACCCCAGUCUCUGCCGGUGAAAAGCCGACGACCGCAUCCUCGGGGAAGAGGCCAAUAGAGGAAGUCGAGCCAGCCAGCGGCGACAAGGAGGAAUCAAAUGAUGCCAUGCCACCGAAGAAAUUAAAGGGCGAGGAUCGCCCGUCGUCUGUUACUUUUCCAGAUACACAAACCCAAGACCCGUCCUCGCAAUUCCCCCCACUUCCGUUUGGUCAACAAAUGCCCUUUGGCGGUAUGGGCUUCCAGGGUAUGCCUCCAGUCCCAUUCCCUGAUGCUGGCUUUUCCGCGGAGGGAAUGGGGUUCAUGAAUCCUAUGUCGAUGCCCCCCACGAAUGGAUUUCCAAGUAGCAUGGGUCAGGCCUGGGGUCCCAUGAACGCCAUGAAUUUCAAUCCAGCUCAGAACGGAGUGUACCCUGACCAUGCAAAUGGCCCAAUUUCUAACAACUUCGGUGCACCGAAUAUGUACAAUGGUUCAGGGGAACCACCGAUGGGCAUGUUCCCUAUGCAAAUGCCAGGCCUUCCCCAGCACAAUGCGGGCUUUCCACAGGGCGCAGGGAUGGGUCAUUUCUCAAAUCAACAACGAACAAGUUUCAGUACUCCCUACGCCAGGGAGGAAGACACAGCAUACUUCCGUCAACCUGUUAAUCCCCAGCGACAUCAGUCAAGACAUAGGCGGAUAAGACCAAGCGAUUAUCGGGAGCUUUGA